UGAUAACUGGAGGCCCAGCAGCCACAAUGCAGCGCAGUUCGGUAGUUUAUGGCCAUGCCAACAUGCAAAGUUAUCCGGUGUUUAGUCUGUUUAGUUUCCCUCUCACCCGUGUUUUUGGUUCCAUCCCUUGCUACUCCAAUCAAGAUCAAAGAAACGAGCGAGGAUCUGAAAUCCCUCAGGGAGCGGGUAGACGAGCCAUUGACCAGCAACGGGCCGAAACCAGACCAUAAAGGCGACGUAGAGGACAGGUUCAAAGAGUCACCCUUCAAACGACUCCGGAACCGAUCGGAAAAUCCGGAACCCGGAAUCUCAUCGUCCACCAGCCUCGCUACGACAAGAUCGAAUAAUGAGAGGUCAUUCGAAAACUCACCGUCAACUACACCCUCAACAGUCGUGUCCAAGUCGCUCGGGAACUCACCGUCAACCGGUCUCUCAACGAUUGCAUCGAGGGCUAAAAACUCUUUCGUCCGCGCUGUUAGCUCGAUCGUAAAACCGAUCGACGACAAAGCUAAGACGGCUGUGAGUGGGGCCGGUCUCACGUUGGGUUUCCUUAGUGGGAUCACUUCGGAAUUGGGCCGGAAGGCGUACAAUUGCAUGGUGCGGGUACACAACGCGAACAUCGACAACCUUAGCAAGCUGCGCAACCUGGUGGGGAAAGUCGGAAGCUCGGCCGUGGACUUGGGGGCAUCCGGGGUCACGGAGGCGGGCAACGUCCUGGACGCGGUGCGGCGCGAGGAGAAUCGGAUACUGACCGGGGUCACGGAGAAGAUCCCCGUGGUGCGCCAUCUGGUGGGGCUGCGGAACGUCGUCGGACUGGCCAGGACGAGCGGUAUCCAGGCGGCAGCGAGCGCCGUGAAGAGGCUGGGAGACCUUGCUGUCAGCGCCGUGACGUUGCGGAAGACCGAGGAGGUGACGGUCCCCACGGGGGGCAUCGGGGGAUUUCUGCGGAAGAUCGAGGGACUCUCCGGUUCGGAUUUGCUAACGGUUGGUUUGGCGUUGGGGACGAGCAAGGGGAACGUUGAUACUUUGAGGAGGAUUGCCUCGACGACUGGUCCGGAGUCAGCUUUUAAAAUUGGGGAGGCGAUCGGUCGCCAUAAGUCUAGCCCACGGGGGAAGUAAAGCUCGAGUUGGAACCAGAAACGAAUAGUCCGCUCACCGAAUCACCAUAAGGGAUCCCUUAUGGUGAUUCGUCAAGGUUUCUGAUGUGGUCAAACUGCAGUCUGGUUGUUGAAAUUGAUAGACAGAACAAUAGACAAAAAAGACAUAAGGAGUAUGGAGCGAUCGAUCCUGUUGGUUGAAAUGAGAGGUUCUUAUAGACUAGGGGAAAACAUGAUGGACUAUACAGAAAGGGUCUUCCGUGGGUUCCCGUUAGUUAGCCUACUAUCUACCGCUUUUGUCCGCAUUGCAACCACCCCCUAUAUAGUUAUAUCCCUAUAUCCUUCUAUAUCGUUUUUGUCUUCUUGGUCUAUCGCUUUGUCUACCAAUUUCAACAAUUCUGGCUGGUGUUGGAUAUAUCGUAUUGAUUAUGUCAAAAAUCUGGGUAGAUUUUGAAUUUGUAUCCAAGAAGGACAAUGAGCCCUGCGCAUAAGUCUAAAAAAUCAUUCUAAACAAAAAAAAAUCAGCACAAUUUGGAGAAAUGAAAGCAAAAUCCUGUUUGGAGAAAAGCCUCGCAUUCGAUGCAGAAAUCGAUAACUGACAUUUCAUAAAUCUGACAUAUUGAUCAGAUUUUCGACUAAAUCGAUGCGAUAUCGCACGCCAGUUCGACCACGCAGGAAACCAUGACGAAUCGCCUCAAUAACUUUUAGGUGGAAGAUGGAAACUUAGGAGAUUCUACAUUCCCUUAUGGAUAGUUGUUAUAAGGCAGCAACAGUCAUCUAUGUUUCUGUUAGCCGUUGAGUUCUUUUCUGUCGGCUUAUGAGCUUUCGGUGAUGCAGUGAGCCAGACUAUGUUGACAAAAGCUCUGUUCUUAGGAUAAGAAUGAGAAGUCUAGAGGAGUCUUAAAUUUUUCAAAAUCAAAUUUUUGUAUUGUUCUGCUCGCGAUCAACGUUGAUCAAAAAACAGAGGUGCCUUUAAAUUUUGCUGUGGAAACUCUAUACUUGCAUCUAUGCCCCACUUUUAUCGGAUUAUUCUGAUUGUAGAAACUGAGAUAAAUUGUCCAGUCAAUCCAGUAUUUUUCUGGAAAAGUCAAGAUAUAUGUAGAAGGUUUGUUAAAACCACUUGAACGAUUUUUACUUCAAAUUUUAGUUUUCUCUAACAGUAGUUUUACAUUCUUAUGUGAGAACUUUUUCACUUGUUUGUGCAAAUCUGCCCUUUUUCCCUUUUCAAACUCUAUAGUGCAAUUAUUUUCUUUACUGGCAAAACAAACUCUGUCUCUUUACGUCAAAAUUUUCCUCCGAUGUACGUGUCUUUCUCACGGUGAAAAUUUACUUGCAUUUGCUUCUGCUUCUUGUUUUCAUUCAAUUUAUCCAAUGUUGUAUCAUCGUUUCUAAUCUUGCUAAACAUAAUGCGGUCGCCGCGGAACGCAUAAUGGCGCCUACGAGAGUGCAGAAAUACUUCACGCAUUGCGCCUGGCACAGUGCGGACGCUGGUUGGCGCGAUAAAGCAUUUAUUAGCGCCUACAAGACAGUAAGAAUACUUCACGCAUUGUACGUUCAAUACAGUACGCGCUUUAAUCGUUAAAAAUUCAUAAUAUCUCGAAGCUGGACCUACCGCCAACCACACCAUUUCCGACCUACCGAUUUGCGCACCUUAAGCCUGCAAUCCCAGGAUAUAUAGUUCUGAAGAACAAGUUCAGUUUUUUGUAAAGCUUUCAAUUGAAAGGUGUUAACUUGUUUUUUAAAACUACAUAAUAUAUUCUAGUUUUAGACCCUAAUUUAUAUACUCCUAUGUCGACGAAAUAUUCGCAAUUUCUUCUCAAAACAGUGAUGGCGUUUAGCGAACUUGUGAUAAUGUUUUUCAUCGUUCUCAAGUUUUCUCGGCUCAAAAGCAUAUUCUGCUUCAGUUAUUCUCUUGUAGAAACAAAAACGUAGGUUUUCAGAACAUCUCUCUAUGCUCCGAAUAUUAUAAUAAUAAAUCUACUCUUGUUCAAACCA